AUGCUGCUCGAAGUGUUGUUUCUCGUCACACUGGGAGGAAAAGUCUAUGGCAUAGGGGAUACUGAUUCUCCAGAAUCUGCAAGUAACGCCACCGGCAUCCCAAAACUUGACGACCCAAGUUAUUACG